AUGUCAUGCUAUGCCAUGUGCGGCCCCUCCUACCACGUGCAUGAGCAGGGAGUUAGGCAAAAUUACUUCACGGGGUCCUUCCCCUCGCAGUUCAGUGACCUGGUCAACCUCGAGUACUUAGCAUGCACACCCCACUCCAUCCACCAUGCUGGGAAUCAACAUGGCAUGUGCAAUGGCAUGUGGAAUGGCAUGUGGGAUGGCAUGUGGGAUGGCAUAUGGGAUGGCAUGUGCAAUGGCAUGCGGAAUGGCAUGUGGGAUGGCAUGUGGGAUGGCAUGUUGGAUGGCAAGUGGGAUGGCAUGUGGGAUGGCAUGUGCAAUGGCAUGUGGGAUGGCAUGUGGGAUGGCAUGUGGGAUGGCAUGUGGGAUGGCAUGUGGGAUGGCAUGCUGGAUGGCAUGUGGGUUGGCAUGCAGGAUGGCAUGUGGGAUGGCAUGUGGGUUGACAUGUGGGAUGGCAUGUGGGUUGGCAUGUGGGAUGGCAUGUGGGAUGGCAUGUGGGAUGGCAUGUGGGUUGGCAUGUGGGAUGGCAUGUGGGAUGGCAUGUGGGAAGGCAUGUGGGAUGGCAUGUGGGAUGGCAUGAGGGCUGGCAUGUGGGAUGGCAUGUGGGAUGGCAUGUGGGUUGGCAUGCGGGUUGGCAUGUGGGAUGGCAUGUGGGAUGGCAUGUGCGUUGGCAUGUGGGAUGGCAUGUGGGUUGGCAUGUGGGAUGGCAUGUGGGAUGGCAUGUGGGAUGGCACGUGGGUUGGCAUGUGGGAUGGCUUGUGGGAUGCCAUGUGGGAAGGCAUGUGGGAUGGCAUGUGGGAUGGCAUGUGGGUUGGCAUGUGGGAUGGCUUGUGGGAUGCCAUGUGGGAAGGCAUGUGGGAUGGCAUGUGGGAUGGCAUGUGGGUUGGCAUGUGGGAUGGCAUGUGGGAUGGCAUGUGGGUUGGCAUGUGGGUUGGCAUGUGGGAUGGCAUGUGGGAUGGCAUGUGGGUUGGCAUGUGGGAUGGCAUGUGGGUUGGCAUGUGGGAUGGCAUGUGGGAUGGCAUGUGGGAUGGCAUGUGGGUUGGCAUGUGGGAUGGCAUGUGGGUUGAUGGCAUGUGGGUUGGCAUGUGGGAUGGCAUGUGGGUUGGCAUGUGGGAUGGCAUGUGGGUUGGCAUGUGGGAUGGCAUGUGGGUUGGCAUGUGGGAUGGCAUGUGGGAUGGCAUGUGGGAUGGCAUGUGGGUUGGCAUGUGGGAUGGCAUGUGGGAUGGCAUGUGGGAUGGCAUGUGGGUUGGCAUGUGGGAUGGCAUGUGGGUUGGCAUGUGGGAUGGCAUGUGCGUUGGCAUGUGGGAUGGCAUGUGGGUUGGCAUGUGGGAUGGCAUGUGGGUUGGCAUGUGGGAUGGCAUGUGGCAGGGAGGCAAGCUACCUGAAUCUGACAGGCGAGUUGCACUCAAGCUUGGCAAACUUGAAGAAACUUCAGGCGCUUCCACAUUCUUCUCUUCCCUUCUCACCUCCCUCUCAAAUCCUACUCUCUCCUCGCACCACUCGCUCCCCUCCACGAGCAUCAGUCAGUUGGGCGGCAACAUGCUCACCGGCUCCAUCCCUGAUUCUUUCUCCAACCUCAACUACCUGCAAGGCUUGUACGUCGCUGCCGCUCCCUCCUCCCUCUGCCCCUCCUCCCUCUGCCCCUCCUCCCUCUGCCCCUCCUACCUCUGCUCCUCCUUCCGAGCUUCUCCUCCCUCUGCGCCUCCCCUCUCUACUCCUCCCCUUAGUGCUCAUCCGCUCUCUGCUCCUCCCCACUCUGCUCCUCCCCACUCUGCUCCUCCCCACUCUGCUCCUCCCCACUCUGCUCCUCCCCACUUUGCUCCUCCCCACUCUGCUCCUCCCCACUUUGCUCCUCCGCCCUGCUCCUCCCCCAUCCUCCUUUGCUUCUCGUCUCUUAUCGCAUCACUCCCUGUUCAGCAACAGGGCAAUGAAACACUUUACGCUGCCUCUUGUUUUCUUCCCUACCACUCCUUCACCCCCCUUACCCUUUCCCACCCUUUCAACCCCUCCCCACCCUUCCCACCUUCUCCUCCCCCUCGCCCCAACCUCCAAUCGCCUCGACCGCUGUCUCGUUGA